AUGGAGCCGGGCGAGGUGAAGGACCGCAUCCUGCACAACAUCUCCCUCUCCGUCAAGAAGCUGCAGAGUUACUUUGCAGCCUGUGAGGAUGAGACCCCAGCAAUUAGGAACCACGACAAAGUCCUGCAACGGCUCUGCGAGCACCUAGACCAUGCUCUGCUUUAUGGGCUGCAAGAUCUCUCUUCAGGCUACUGGGUGCUGGUUGUUCACUUCACCCGUAGGGAAGCCAUCAAGCAGAUAGAAGUACUUCAGCAUGUGGCCACCAACCUAGGGCGCAGUCGAGCCUGGCUGUACCUGGCGCUCAAUGAGAACUCCUUGGAGAGCUACUUGAGGUUGUUUCAGGAGAAUCUGAGUUUGCUCCACAAAUACUAUGUCAAGAAUGCCUUGGUCUGCAGUCAUGAUCACCUGACCUUGUUCCUUACGCUGGUAUCUGGGCUGGAAUUCAUCCGCUUUGACUUGGAUCUGGAUGCUCCCUACUUGGACCUAGCACCCUAUAUGCCAGAUUACUACAAGCCUCAGUACUUGCUGGACUUUGAGGAUCGCCUGCCCAGCUCCGUCCACGGCUCAGACAGCCUCUCCCUCAACUCCUUCAAUUCAGUCACCUCGACCAAUCUGGAAUGGGAUGACAGUGCCAUUGCUCCAUCGAGUGAGGGAACUUCCAACUACUCUGGGAAUGUAGGUGGAGUUUGGGAUUUUAGGUGGAGCUUGAGCAGAGGACAAGUUGCCCCCCUUAAUCAGACCCUUGGCAUUGCAAACACUAAUGAAUCAAACAUCACAAUACCUCGGGGAGAUUAUGAUUUUGGAGAUGUCUUUCCAGCAGUGCCGUCCAUGCCCAGCAAAGUCUGGGAAGACGGAGACCUCACGGAUACUCUCAGCUGCCCGCGCUCCGUGGCCUCUGACACAAACGGCAGCAAGGUUUCCAUGAAGAGCCCAACACAGCGCUACAACCCCUUCAACGAGAAGGCCGAAGUGUCCUCCAGCGAGACCACCCCCGUGCAUGCCGCCUCCCAGGAGCGGGUGGACGCAGCCGCAGAAGGCACGGACCAGUCGGAGAGCUGCGCAGAGCUGGAAGUCAUCAGAUUAGCUAAAAAGAAGAAGACAGGCAAGAAAAAGAAAGUGAAAUUGGAGGAAGCAGCGAAUCCUUCCCCCUCUGCUGCUGCCGAGUCUAGUGGGGACAGUGGCGUGAACGGACUGAGUGAUGGUGCUGAGCUGCAGAAAUCCAGCAGCCCUCCCUGUCCAGAGGCUGUUGAGGGCCAGGAGAGGCCGGAGGAAAGCAGCGAGCACUCGGCCCUCAGCCAGCUGGACCUGCGGAUCCCGGAGAUGAAGGACACCUCCAUGGAGAGCGUGGGGCAGCCGCUGAGCAAAGUGAUCGACAAACUGAACGGGCAGCUGGACCCCAGCGGCUGGAACUCCCGCGCUGAGCCCCCCGAUCAGUCCUUUCGGACCGGCACGCCAGGGGAGACCCCAGAUGGGCCGCCCUCUGGCGACUUUAGUGAGGGGAUUUCAACCCCCAUGGACUUCUACCGCUUUACCGUUGAGAGUCCAAACGCUCCUGCACCAGGUGGUGGCAACCAUGACUCUGCAGGGGAUGGCCAACCGUCACAUGUUCCUGGUAGCCCUGAAGCUGCUGGACAAGAGGAAGAAGGAGGAAAGGGAGAAGCGGCUGGGGCUGUAGAGGACUCCAAAGAGGAGGUGGCUAAACCCCAAGCCAGGGAGACUGAAACUGCCAGCGCCGAGGCACCCAGCAAGCCCAAGAGAGACCAGCCCAGUCCCUCCUUGAGCAGCGCUGAGGACUCUGGGGUGGAGGAGGGCCAGGGCAGCCCCUCAGACAUGGCCCAUCCGUCGGAGUUCAGGGUGGAUAACAACCAUCUGUUGCUGCUGAUGAUCCAUGUUUUUCGGGAAAACGAGGAGCAGCUGUUCAGGAUGAUCCGAAUGAGCACGGGGCACAUGGAGGGGAAUCUCCAGCUCGUCUAUGUCCUGCUGACGGACUGUUACAUUUACCUGAUCCGGAAAGUUCCUCACACUCCCCUGUGUCCUGUGCCAGGAGCAGCGGAAAAGCCUUACAUGGUGGAAGAGGCCGUUUCCUACAAUGAGCUUGACUACGUCUCGGUUGGCCUGGAUCAACAGACGGUAACACUGGUCUGUACCAAUCGGAGGAAGCAGUUCCUGCUGGACACCGCCGACGUGGCCCUAACAGAAUUCUUCUUGGUCUCUUUGAAGUCAGCCAUGAUCAAAGGCUGCCGGGAACCACCGUAUCCCAGCAUCCUCACUGAUGCCACAAUGGAGAAGCUGGCGCUGGCUAAGUUUGUGGCCCAAGAGUCCAAGUGCGAGGCUUCUGAAGUGGUCGUGCGCUUCUAUGGCCUUGUUCACUGGGAGGACCCCAUGGACGAGGCUCUGGGACCAGCUCCUAGCAAUUACACUUCUGCUGAGAACUCAGUCACAAAGGAGGGCAUCCUGUAUUACAAAGCCGGGACCUCGUACCUGGGCAAGGAGCAAUGGAAGACCUGCUUUGUGGUGCUCAGCAGCAACGGCAUCUUAUACCAGUACCCAGACCGCACCGAUGUUACGCCUCUGCUCUCUGUGACCAUGGGGGGGGAGCAGUGUGGUGGGUGCCGACGGUCGAACACCACGGAGCGACCCCACUCCUUCCAGGUGAUCCUGACAGACCGCCCGUCCCUGGAGCUGAGUGCCGAGAAUGAGGAGGAGAUGGCAGACUGGAUGCAGUACUUCUGCCAGGCUGUCUCCAAAGGGGUUAUCCCGCAGGGGGUGGUGCCCGUGCCCUGCAUCCCUUGCUGCCUCGUGAUAGCGGAUGAGAAGGUCUUCACCUGCCAUGAAGACUGCCAGACGAGCUUCUUCCGCUCGCUCGGCACUGUGGAGCUGACGGACGUCGCUGCCAUCUCCACAGAGGCGGGCAAGGAGUACUGUAUUAUAGAGUUUGCUAAGGACCGCGAGCAGUUCCUGCCCCCCUGGGUCCUGUACUUCAGUUGCACUACAGAACUGGAGAGGUUCCUCUCGGCACUGAGCACCGUUUGGAAAGACAUCUACCAGAUCGAUUUGCUGCACAAGGCCAUCCAGGAGGGCUCUGUCAAGAAGAAAUGCGAGGACGCCCUGAGCCUGAUCCACAGCGCCUGGCAGCGCAGCGACAGCCUGUGCCGCGGCCGGGCCUCGCGGGACCCCUGGUGUUAACCCCGGGGUGCAGGACACGCAGGAGGGAGGACGCUGCCGCGGGGGAGAGAGCACCCCAGGCUGUCGCAAGCACAAGGAACCUGCCGGCCGCUCUGUCACCUGGGAGCAGCGAGCUGGGCCGCACCCACUGGACUCCAUGCAGCCAGCAGCCUCCCUGGGACACCUGAUGCCCAGGGACCUGCAGGCUCGAGGCAGCUGCUUCAGAGGUGGCCGGAUGGCAUGACUGGCUCCUGCUCUCAACACGCGCACCGCAGAGCAAAGCCGGAGAGCUGGGCGGGCCCACCUCCCAGAGCACCCAAGUUUACAUUCUCCUGAGCACGGCUGCAGGGCACUCGGCACGUCGCUGUCUGUCGGCGCGGUCCAGCACUCGGCCUCUGCAUUUGCAGCAUGGGAGCUUGCACUCUCUGUCCCACCGAAGCCUUCGGGACUGCACCACGGUACCUCGCUUCUCAGCUGCAUCGCAGGGAUCUGCCGGCACCGCGCCCCGACGCUGGGGCGCUUCGUCUACACCGCCCACGACCUGUGGCAGCUGCAGGGAGAUCCUUCCUCACGGGGUCUCGGGGCUGGGUCUGUGCUAUCCUCCAUCACCCCGCCAAGUUACUCUUUUACUGGAAUAAUAACCUACUAUUAACAUGGGGGGGAGGGGGUGGGUCUGAGCAGCGGGUUGCUCAGGACGGGCAGAUGCACCCUUGGGCCAUGGGCCCAAGUGCCUGGACUGACUAGUUGUUCAUUUUAGAACACGUUAGUCUGUAACUGGUGAGACUGGAACACUAA